AUGAAGUUUGGGGACCAUUUGAACGAGUCUAUGAUUCCAGAAUGGAAGGACAAAUAUGUUGAGUAUAAAGUAGGGAAAAAGAAAUUAAAAACCUUUAAACAAAAACUUCAGAACGAUAUUGAUGAAACUACCACUGACUCUCUUUUGAAUGCAUCAGUCAGCGAUUCCAUUGAGUCUACAUAUAUUGACCAAGAAAAUUCAACGCCAGUAACUCCUUCCCAUGUGUACUCCAUCCAAAAAGAUUAUUCGCCAGUAAAAAAGAAAAUAGUGCAAGAAUUCGUUAAAGAUUGGCUAAUUGGGGAGCAAUUGAAUAAAUGUAAUGAUUUUUAUGAAGAAUUGAUAAAUGAUUGUAGAAAGAAAUAUAACAUCCUGGAAAACCAGAUUAGAUUUUAUAAUAUUCAAAGGCAUUCCAUCGAUAAUAAAAAGACAAGGAAUUUACUAAUUGUCUCGUCUUCUGAGUCUGUUGAUGUUGAAAACACUCCUAUUGAUUCAACAAUCCAACACCCCUAUGCUCCUAACAGGGGAAGAGUUAUUACCUUGAAUGGCCAACAAAAUGUUGCAAAUGCUAAUAAGAAUUUUGCUUCUCAUUUUCUCUAUUUUCAAAAGCUAAAAACCAUAUUAAAGAAUAAUAAUUUACUUCCUUCUUUACCAGCUAAAGGAAUCACAAGUUAUUUUCAUCAAAACGGUAGGGGAUCUCAGGGGAAGGAAACAUUUAAUGCCUCCGAAAAUGAUAUGCUAAGUGAAAUUACAGUAGAAAAGGCUCAAAAAUUGUUAACUGAAGCCAUAUUGGAAUUUUACCUAUUUUUGCAGUUAGUAAAGACUUACAGAGAUUUAAAUCUAACAGGAUUUAGAAAAAUUGCAAAGAAAUUUGACAAAACUUGUGAAACCAAGGAAUGUCUUAAAUUUAUGAAUUAUGCUAAGGAAAAUUAUACCAUUUUUAGUCAUAUUGAUCCCAAUAUUGCAUUAAUGACGGAUAGAAUGAAAAAGACAUCAACUUAUCAACCACUUGUGUUUGAGGAUAUUACACCUGAAAACGAGUCUGACGACCCCUUGCUAUGGUGGGAAUCCAAGGUUAGAGGUUGGUAUAUCAAAGAUUUAACGAAUUCAUUAACAGAAAUGAAAAGAAAUAAUGACAAACUAAGAAAGUUUGGUAUCCAAUAUUCGUUAAACGAAAGAAUAAUACAUAGGAUAAACAUUUCAAUACUACAAAUGACCAUUUCUGGGUUUUUCAUAGGAGCUGCUUUUUCAUUGAUUAUUUACACAUUAUACUUGAUCUUCACCUCAGAUGAUAAGGCCUAUAUUCAUAGAAUCUUAUUUCCCCUCUGGGGUGGUUGGUAUAUGGUUCUACUAAUCUCUUUUCUUUUUAUUGGAAAUUGCUUCAUUUGGCAUAGAAGUGGUAUCAAUUAUCGUUUCAUUAUGUUUGGGGAAAUACAAGCCAGAAGUGGAACUCAAUUCUUCAAUAACGAUUUUGCAACUACAAAGAUCUCUCUGAAAUAUUAUUUCAUAUCACUCUUCAUCCUGGCAUGCUCCAUUCUGGCAAUUAUAAGUUUCCAAUUAGAAAAAUUAACUCCUCUGGGAUUUAUUUUCCCGGGAAUUGUUAUAACAUUAUUCCUUGCUCCAUCUUGGAUGAUCCCAUUUUGGGAUAAAUUGGUUGAAACCAGAAAAUGGUUAUUUUGUUCAGGAAUAAGACUAAUAUUUUCAGGAUUUUACCCAGUCGAGUUCGGUGAUUUCUUCCUCGGUGAUAUAGUCUGUUCACUAACAUAUUCCAUAUCUGAUCUGGCGAUGUUCUUUUGUGUUUAUGUAAGAUCUGAUAAUGCAACGUGUUCCUCAUCUCAUUUAAGAUCCAUGGGUGUCCUAGGAUGUUUACCAAGUUUCUGGAGAUUCAUGCAAUGCUUACGAAGAUUUGCAGACUCAGGUGACUGGUUCCCUCAUUUGUUAAAUGCUGCAAAAUACACAUUGGGUGUGGCAUACAAUGCAACAUUAUGUGUCUAUAGAAUAUCACCAAAAUCCUUCCAUUCGAGGCAAAUAUUCAUUGUUUUUGCAACUUUAAAUGCCACUUACACAUCAAUUUGGGAUUUGGUAAUGGAUUGGUCACUCUUGCAACCCUCCCAAAAUAAUACAUUUUUGAGAGAUGAUUUGUAUUUAGCUGGGAAGAAGAAUUGGAAAACAGGGAAGUACAGUAACAAGAGAAAGUCUAUUUAUUACUUUGCAAUGAUUUGGAAUGUAAUAGUUAGAUUUGAAUGGAUUGUUUAUGCAAUUGCGCCUCAAACCAUUCAACAAAGUGCUGAUACAUCUUUUAUAUUAGCCACAGCUGAGGUUCUGAGAAGGUUCGUUUGGAUCAUUUUCCGUGUAGAAAAUGAGCAUGUGGCUAAUGUGAACCUCUUUAGAGUCAGCGGGACAGCCCCCUUACCAUAUCCUAUUAACAUAACUUCCAUUACUCCCUUAGGAAGCUCCGAUUCGGACGAGGCUACUAAUAUCAUUGUCUUAGAGAGUAAUAGUGGAAAUGACAAUUUAAGUGUUACCAAUGAACCUCAACAGACUUCGAACAGAAUAAAUAGAUUUGAUACGGUGGGAGCAGUGCCAAAUGUUGACAUUACAAGGGAAACGAGAAUUGAGGAACCCAUGCCAGCCUAUCACCCACCUCUUGAACGCCGUACUACUACGUUUGGAAGCAUCUCAAAAUCAAUUCCUUGGGCACAUACAUCAGAUUUUCAAAGGCCAAGCAUUGUUGCUACCACUUUACCUGGUAGAGACUCAGAUAAUGAAAGUGAAAAUGAAAGCAUAGCAUCAGGAUAG